AGGUGUGUAUUGCCGAGAGGUUGUGGGAGGAGAGCUGACGUUUCCUCGCUCUGGUGACGCUACUCGAGCCGCUUUCUGCUUUUGCAGCUGCCACCCGCCAGCCCCUCGCCCCUACCCCUGUCGGCUUAGCUACUUUGCAAGGAGCCUCCUGAUUCUUGGGGCCCCAGCACUAGCAGCUGCAGCAGACCCCGAGGAAGAAAAGGAAGGUAGAGGAGUCUUCGGAGAUCGAAAGAUCCUAAGCCUAGAGGGUCUGCGCCAUGACGGCUUCUAUGAGGGAGAGGUUCGACCAGUUCCUGCACCAGAAGAACUGCAUGACCGACCUUCUGGCUAAGAUCGAGAGCAAGACUGGGGUGAACAGAUCCUACAUAGCGCUUGGUAUCAUCGGCUUGGUGGCUUUGUACCUCGUAUUUGGCUACGGAGCCUCUUUGCUCUGCAACCUGAUAGGAUUUGGCUAUCCAGCCUAUGUCUCAAUCAAAGCUAUUGAGAGUCCCAACAAAGAUGACGAUACACAGUGGUUGACCUACUGGGUCGUAUAUGGUAUCUUCAGUAUAGCUGAAUUCUUCUCUGACCUCUUCCUGUCCUGGUUCCCCUUCUACUAUAUGCUCAAGUGUGGCUUCCUGUUAUGGUGUAUGGCCCCCAGCCCUUCAAAUGGUGCUGAAAUGCUGUAUAGGCGUAUCAUCCGCCCCUUCUUCCUGAAGCACGAAUCCCAAAUGGACAAUGUGGUGAAGGACCUGAAAGACAAAGCCAAAGAGACUGCAGAUGCCAUCGCUAAAGAAGCCAGAAAGCUACUGUGAACUUACUGGGUGAUGAAAAGAAAAGUACCUAAAGAGAAAACUUGGAUGAAAACCUCUGCUGUUAUACAUUUUAUUCUCCUGUUACAGCUCUGUUAUACUGGAGACUGUGGUACUUGCUCAUAAUAAUAAUAUUGCCUUGGAAACCUUUUUGAUCUAUUAAAAAGGAGUGUGUUGUAAGUUUUUUGCCUUACUUUUUUUGCUGCCUGUCUGUAUAAACAGUGAGCAUUUUAAUUUAAAUUUAUUCAAUGCAGUGGACAGUGUUCAAAGUUUCUUGAAAAUGUAUUCUUUUCCUCUCUGAACUAGGAAAGACAUCUAUCAUACCACAGUAAAUACAAAUAAAAUUAAAUAUCCCACAUGCUCUAUGCAUUACUGGCUUCUCUGUGCAUGUAUCUUCUGUAUUUAUGGUUUGUGGGUUUUCAUGUAACGUAUGAUUUUUGUACUAGAAUUCUUAAUGUUUUAAACACUUUUGUUUGUGCACAUGCGGAAAAAUGUUUCAAAAGAUUGAUUUAAACUAUUAUGCUAGAGAAAGUACAACUUAGUGAUAUGAAUUUUGUAGCACUGAGGUUAUUCAAUGAUUGCCUAUGCCGUUUGUAACUGUUCUGUGCAAAAAGUGAGAGCACUUAUUUGAAUAAUUAUGAAAAUCUAAUAAAAACAGCAUGAUGUCACUGGUUAGUUUUUUCCUAGGAUGACCUCUACUAAGAAUGAUGAUAUAGAAUAUGCUAGUAAAAACGGAUAAUAAUGUAAGUAAAUUAUACAAUAUAAAAUCUAAUGAAGUUUGUAUAGCUUUGUCAACAUAUUUGUAAUUAAGAUGUCUAGUUUCUUCUUCCCAGAAUUAUAGCUGAAUGCCAAGAAACCAAGAGUAAGGACAAUGGAUUACUCAUGCAAGAGUAGGAAAAUUUACAUGCAUAUAAUUAACUAAAGGUCUGCUACUUCAGGAUGUCUAGGAUUUUCUGUAUGUUUUCAAGUCGAUUCUAAUUGUUGGAAUUUCACCUGCUGCCAUGUCUAGCCUUCCCUCAAGCUAGAGGAGAUUGUUUCUUAAGCCUUUUCUCGGAAACUCUAUUCCUAUUUUUUAGUCAUUCUCCUUUAGCCACUAACAAGGGACCUUCAAUUUUGACUACAUGCUGUAUUCCUGUGUACAACCAAAAUACCAUGUUCAUUAGAUCUAAAACCAGUGACAGAGAGAAUGGAACAAGCAGGAAUUGAUUCCUGCCAACUGAGCUUUAAUUAUAAUUACAGGUUUUCUCAAAACUUCCCUCCACUUUAUUUCUCUGGCUUUUAAGAAAGAUACAAGAGGCAACCUUAUCCUAUAAUCAUAUCCUGUAAUUUCCUGUUAAAUGACUUAAUUUCUCUUUCUGUUGAAAUUUAUUUCUGAUAUCAGUUCAGGCACAGAUCAGAAGUUUAAAAAAAGUAAGUCACAUAAUUAUUUCAGGCUAAAUAUAUUACAGACACAUUGACGCUUUUGUGGCUAUAGCAAAAAAGGGCUACAAGAAAACUGAAAUUUGAAAGCUUAAUAGGUCAUUUUGGCUUGGAAAACAAGAAAUUAAGUACUCCUAAAACACCAAUCAGUAAAUUAUUUUAAAAAGUUAUUGUGGGGAGCAGCUAGGUGGUGGCAAUGGAUAAGGCACUAGCCUUGGAUUCAGGAGGGCCUGAGUUCAACCCAGCCUCAGACACUACUAGCUGUGUGACCCUGGGCAAGUCACUUAAACCCCAUUGCCCUGCAAAAAAAAAAAAAAGUUAUUGUGCUUAAGAUUACACACACACACACACACACACACACACACACACAAAAUGAGAGAUAAUCACAUAUGACCAAAAUGUCAUCUUAUAAUGAGAAAAUUAAAAUUGGGAGGCAAGAUCAUCUUAAGUAUUAUUAUAAUCAUCAAAAGCAAAUGUAUUAAUAUUUUAAUAUGCAAUAAAUAGAAUCUGAGCAUUUGGGGAAGACAGUAGUAAUUAUGAAACUGGUUAAAUUUUCUACAAAGUAUCUGCAAUGGUGAAUUAUUUCUUUAAAAAAAAAACUAAGUAAACCAUAUCACUAAAUAAAAAGAAACCAAAAUAAUUACUUAGAAAAAAUCAAUUCCUGUAGCCAAAAUUAAAGCAUUUCUAAACACUCUAAUCUGUUUUCCUUAGAGAAAUCACACUUUUCUGACUUUAUAAAAAUAGAAUUAGCACAAUAUUUGACAAAUGGAGCAUAAUUUCAUUAGAUGAGUUGGGGAAUCCUAACUUUAUUGCUCUAAAAUUACUUACAAGCUACCAAUAAAAAGCUACUGUUAAGUAACUAUUCUAAAAGGUACAACCACUUGAAUUAUGUACAUUCUUUUAAAAAAUACUCCUCUUUCAGCAUAUUGGUUCCAGCAGCUGAUACACUGUUGUAAUUCAUAGAAAUUGUGUUGAGAAAUUGCCUCUGUGCUUUCAUGAAAUAAAAUUCUUCUAGAAAAACUCCAUGGCUGGAAUUUGGAUUAAAAAAAAGUUUCAACUUCUGUGUCUGGCAAUAAUAAGCAAGCUUACAUUUGUCAUGUGAAAGUGUUUAUGAGUUGCAAGCAGCUGUCUAAUACCAAAUUGUACCAUACUGUUUUCAGAAAGGAAGGAAAGAAUUCAAGCUUUUCUUUUAGUCCAAUGUGACAAGUCAUCAUCCUUCAGACUAGUGUAGUGUCUGAUGAUCUGUAAAAUGUCUUGUUAUAACAGCUAGUUGGAAUAAGUAUUGCUAGCCCUUAAUUCCAAUUUAUCACUUGUACUUGAAGAUGUACUGUAUUGAAUAGCAGACCCAAAUAAAAGGCUGUUUUUAAUUUA